AUGUCAGGGUUCGAGGUGCUUGGCGCGACCGCCGCCAUCGCGCAGCUCUCCGAGCUCUGCAUCAAAUGCGGCCAGACGACGGUCCGAAUCAUUUGCUCUUACCGCGGCGCGCCCAAGGAGAUCAUCGAGCUGGCUCAGAAGGUGGACCGUCUCAAGUUCCGCAUCGGACAGGUCCAGAAGAUUGGCGACGACCUCUCGGAUCUGGACCUGGACGACGUUUUCCCCGAGAUCCACAGGGUGAUCCUGCUCGAACAGCUGGAGACGCAUCACAAGGCCCUGUUGGAAAUCGAGGGCUUGGCCACCGGCGUUGGCGGCCAGACGAGGGGUAAGAAGCUGCAGUGGGCUUUUGUCGACAAGAGGAAGACCACUCGGAUCAUGCAAGAUCUGGCAGACAUCAAUCAGACUCUUGACCAAUUCCUCGAGAUUAUCCCAAUGUCAGUUGCCAGCCAACAACCUCGUGAUCCCAUGGUUGUCUUGCUGACUGCUCCCAGACGUCUUGCCACCAUCCAACACAACUCCCUCGCGGCCCUGCGAGUCUCCAACGCAGCAAUGCUCCCGGCUCUGAUUGAGCAGAUGAAGGAGAUACAAUCUUCGAUUCAAUCGGCCAGCGACGAUCAGUUUCUUUACUGGAAAGAAACACAGACCAAAAUCAUGCGCUGUCGUGACCCGGCGACUGCACCCGCUCGGAUUACACCCGUCCUAGACCGUCCAGAGUCCUCAACUAAAGACAGCAGUGCCCACACGAACCGAACGACCAACCGUCCUCCUCCUCCUUCUUCUCCACAAGUGACAACGAAGGAGAACAGCAGGGGGCUCAAGUCAGGCCAUGAAUUCGUUGACACAGUCAUUGAAUUCCACAAUUUCGGAAUGAGCCAGCCAAGCCAGCAUGCUCAAUGGGACUUCGGAUGUUCUUCUGGCACAGGAAGGGUGACGCAAAACCCCAGGUAUAGCGGUCGCGUUGCUGUCAAGACUACGGCGUCUUUCCGGGAGGUCCGCUCUUCGUUGAGAGUGCGUUUCUUCUUGUUCAACGAGAGAGUUUUACGAUUCGAACUGGGUGUUCGGCAGUUGACUCGAGCUUGGACAAGCUUUUCUCUUGUCGGCUCUAGAAUUGACGUGCACAUCGUCACAUACCCCCCAACAUCUAAGCGAUGGAACAUAACAGAAAAGACGAGGUUAAAGAUGAUAAAGUACCUCAUGCAUCAAGGCUGCACUACUCACUGCGCAAAGGGUGGUCGAAUCUGGAGCACGCGUCCUCCCACCAUUAUCCAGGCCUUGCGCCACGGUCACACAGACAUUGUAAGGUUCAUGUUGCAGCAAAACGUGAGCUUCGACACGCCUAAGCUAGCUUACAACCCCACCCAAAACCUUUACUCAGGCUCGCAAGCAAAGUUUCAUGAGCAAAUCAGCCUCCUUCACACCUGCGGAUAUACCGAUUGGGUUCCAUCAACUUUAAUUAUUCGUGGUCGAGACGCACUUUCUGGUGCCAUCGCCGUCGGCAGUGUGUCAGAUAUCAUCUAUGCUGCCGAAGUUCUCAAGCUGGGAGACACUCCGCCGUCCAUCAACUCAGUGUCAGAGAUUGAUGUUGACAUCGCUGUCGCCCUAGAAAAAAGCACCAGCAGCCUCCAUUGGACCGAAGCCAGUGUUGAGAUACUCGACCGGAGAUUGGACGAUACAUCUGUUCAACACUGGAUCCUGUUCAAAGAGUGUACUUCGGGGCAAUCAUCGCUAGGGGACAUAGGCUGGAGGGGAUGGUGGAACUAUCACAACACCGUCUACAAGUUUAGUUGGAUGUUCUCAUCAACAGUGACACUGUUGCAGCACCUUUUGCUCCACGGCGGAUCAUACUGGAACGAGGUGGAAACGGGAUGGGUUAAGAACCCAUACCGCAUCGGCACAGCAGAUGGGUCAGCGAAGACAUGGAGCUACUUUGAUUCGCGGUCUUCUAAUAUUGAGCAUAAGCUUGAUGAAUGGGCUUGUUGCGGGGAACCGAGAAACCAAAGGGUUAUGAUAGACUGGUCGGAUGAUGGAACAAUACGCAAAAGCGCUGGCCGCUGGGCCUCGCGCAUUGAUUCCGCAGAUUCUCGGUUUGUUCUCAAUCCGGCUUUCUCUCCAGGGGAUUCAACCAACAGAACGGUGACAGGCAGCGGACCUGGCACUGCAGACGCGGGGGAUGUUCAAAACCACUACCAGCGGGAAAGCACAUCGACGGAUGGGAUGAAGUCGAAAGGGAAAAGCCAGUGGGAUUCGUCCAUUUUCAAGCAGGUCAUCUCCACUGAAGAAGGGCGUCGACACAUGUCGCGAUUCCCCCUGGUUAAAGCACUCUGCUGCGCCCUACAGCUUGCGGGCUACAGAGCCGAGAUGGACGACGAGGGCGACAUAUGGUUCGAGGAUGAAGAUGGCGACCAAUACUUCGAUGCCGUGGAGCACCCUUCGGAGCACGACAGGCGAGGUCCGCUGGGGGGAACGUGUGAGAUGUGCCGAGACCCCGAGAAGUUCGGUUUGGGAUCGAUUAUCGAGCAGCAUGAGAAUGCGAAAAGUGUUGCCCUCUCUUCCUCCCUCCGUUUCCUCUUUCCGCAUAGUUACCUGGCGCGUCGAGAUGAGACCAUCGCCCAUCUCCUCCAGUAUCAUGUGAACGAUCUCCUUCGGCAAACGCUUCAACUGCUCCGUCUUGGUCCAGAACUCGCGCGCCCACCAAUCAUCCUGAUGCGGCGCGAUGUUGGGUUACACCAGCAUCUGGCCCACGUGCAUGGUGACAGAUCCCACCUCCUGGACGUUGGCGCCUACGAGGGCGAGGCCGAAGAUUUACUUGAUGGCUUCGCUGCUGCCGGGAUUGUCGUCCCCCUCACAGUGAUCUUUCAAAAGUGCUGCCCAGAACACCGGAGGGACACCAGUCCAUUCGCCCUUGAUACGGCCAAUGCUAUUGCCGUUGGAGCGGGAAAUGAUGCUCGGGCAUAUGAUCGAUCGGAAGAUUGA